AUGAGUUCUUCAAGAAAAAAUUGGUCUAAGAAACUUGAUGAUGCUUUGUGGGCUUACAAAACAGCUUUCAAAACACCUAUAGGCAUGUUUCCUUGUCGUUUGGUUUAUGGGAAAGCAUGUCAUUUGCCAGUUAAAUUGGAGCACCGAGCUUAUUGGGCAGUCAGGAACUUGAACUUUAAUUUAAAGGCCGCCGGUGAAAAGAGAUUACUUCAGUUGAAUGAAAUGGAUGAGUUUCGAUUGGAAGCCUAUGAGAACGCAAAACUCUACAAGGAGCACACAAAAAAGUGGCAUGACAUGCACAUUCAAAGAAGAAAGUUUGAGGUUGGGUGGUCAGGGCCAUACACCAUUACCAAAGUGUUUCCUUAUGGGACAGUUGAAAUCACUCACGAAAGUAAAGGAACCUUUAAGGUUAAUGGACAAUGGUUGAAGCCAUAUUGGAAUGAAACCAAACCGCAAAAAAAGCAGUUUGGGGGUGAGAAGGUUAGUGCUUGUCUUCAUAGAAGUGUGAUGGUUUGGAAUUCUCGGAUCCCUACGUUUAUUGAAAGGGUUUGA